AGGUUAAUGUGCACAGCCAGUGGGUAAGGCAAAAGGGCAGCCAGAGACCCCCUUCCUGCCUAGGCCUGAAAUGUUUAGCACCAAGCAACUGUAAAGGGACCUAUAUACGUAAAUGGACAGUGACUUGAUGAAUGUCUGUACCAAAGAAAGGUAAAGGAGCCAGACAGUUACGAUGAUUAGAGUUUCCAUUUUUCAGAGGACAGAUCUCUUUUUUAGGCUCAUCCAAGUUCUGCUGAUGUCCACUAAAAUCGACUUAAGUAGUUUUGGAGCCUUGAUUCCCGACCAGAGUACCCAUCGUGUCCUGCAGUUUGAAGAAGAGCCUGGAAGUUAAUGGUUUGUGGGUGAAUUAAAGGCAGCAAUUCAUAGAAAGGAGGGAGACUGGGGUCUCGAAAAGUUCCCCAUCAACAAUUAGUACCCGGAACAGCAGUCAGAGCUGGUUCAUAUAUCAGAGGCAAUGCUUUCAGCUGGAGAAAUGUUAGUGCGUCUGUGCCAAGCUCCAAACCCAAGGAACAAAACAGCAACAUUUCUAAUUCCCCAUCUUGGACUCAGAGCAGACUGUGAGACAUUCCAGAUGAAAUCGGCAAGGUCUGCUGAAUUGUGAAAACUAGUUUGAGGAGACUUUGUUGUAGGCUCAGAAGAAUUUGGCAGCUUGGGUCUCCAAGUGAAGUACAGAGUGCCAACUGGAUGGAGACUGGAGGAGUGUAUUUGCCCAAGAUACAUCCCAUGCAGAAGCACCAUCAGUUGGAACAUGGGCAAGGGACAGCACUGUUAGCUGUCACUGGGUACCUUGUUCGGAUCUUGCUGCUGUUGCUGCUUGUAAUUUUGCCUCCCUGUGUACUUCCUGUGCCCACUCCAGCAGAUGAGAGUGGGGAGAUAGUGGAAUGGCUGACGCAGUAUGGAUACCUCCCUCCAGCUGAUCCAGUAACAGGCCAGCUGCAGACCUGGGAGGCUGUGACCAGUGCUAUUCGUGAAAUGCAGCGCUUUGCAGGCAUCGCUGAGACUGGGAUUCCAGAUGAUGCUACUUUGGCUCUGAUCCGAAUGCCUCGCUGUUCGUUGCCUGAUAUUAUCCCCACCUUCCCAGAAAAGCUCCCUUUGAGGAGCAACAGGAGGAGAAAAAGGCGAAAGAGACGAAAGAGUCGGAGCAGGCGGAAUGCUGGUUCAGUUUGGUCCAAGAGGAAUAUCUCCUGGAAGGUGAAGACGUACCCACGAGAGGCCCGUCUUAGCCGGGAGACUAUGCGUGUAUUGAUGUAUUAUGCCUUGAAAGUGUGGAGUGAAGUCACACCAUUGAACUUCCAUGAAGUGGGCAGCCACAGUGCGGACAUCUCUGUGGAAUUUCUCCAACUUGACCAUCGUGAUGGCUACCCUUUUGAUGGGCCAGGUGGCAUGGUGGCUCAUGCCUUCUUUCCAGGAGACCCCCAAAGGGCUGGCAGUGUCCACUUUGACAGUGAUGAAGACUGGACCUUUCGCUCACCAGAUGACUUUGGAACUGACCUCUUUGCUGUGGCUGUUCAUGAGUUUGGGCACAGUCUUGGCUUAGCACAUUCACCCUCCAAGCACUCCAUCAUGCGACCCUAUUACCAGGGACCAGUGGGAGACCCACUUCAGUACCAGCUGUAUAUGGAUGAUCGGUCUGAGAUACAGAAGCUUUAUGGGAGUAGAGUUUUUCAUUCCACGGAGAAACCAGAGGUAACCUCACUGCUCCCAGAUCUAACAUCUGCGUACCCACAUGAUUUCCCUUUUCUGUAUUCCAGGUCAGGGAAGGAAUUUCCUGAUCGUUGUGCCUCCAAUGUUGAUGCCGUUGCUCAGAUUAGAGGGGAAACAUUUUUUUUCAAAGGUCAGUAUUUCUGGCGUCUGACCCAAGGACGGCAUCUCACUUCUUUGCGCCCUGCCUUGAUCGCAGGCUUCUGGCGAGGCCUCCCUUCCAAUCUCCAGAAAGUAGAUGCUGUGUACGAGAGACACACGGAUCAUCGCAUCCUCUUCUUCAGUGGCUCUCUCUACUGGGUAUUUAAAGACAACAGCGUGGAAGAGGGUUACCCCUGCCCUGUCACAGACUUCGGGCUUCCACAGGGUGGUAUUGACGGUGCUUUCUCAUGGCCUCUAGAUAGGAAAACUUAUUUCUUCAAGGGCGAACUCCAGUGGUGCUAUGAUGAAACCACAGGUCUCAUGGAGGAGGACUUCUCUAUCCACAAAGCACCUUGGGAGCAGUUCCCCUCUUCGGUUGAUGCUGUGCUGAGUGAGAACGAUGGAACAGUGUUGGUCUUCAAGGGCAGGGAGUACUGGCAGUAUGACCAGCACACUCUCAAGCUGCAGGCAGGCUACCCUCGUUCCAUAGCCAAGGACUGGCUGGAUUGCACAGGGGAACUUUACCCUCCCAGGAGCAUGCCCACCGGUCCUGCAUCUGGAGCUGAACUCCAGCCAGACUUGCGGGGUCCGCAGCUGGAGGUUGAGCGCUGCGUGUGCUUUUGUUCUGCCUUUCGAGUGCUGUAUUCCGCUAGGCUCAAUUGUCUGUUGAUAGCUCUCCUGGCACUGCAAGGUUUUGCCUAGGAAGAGUGAGCAUUUCCUAAAUCCUGCUGUACAAGUGGUGUUUGUGCCACCUGCCAAAAGAGUCUCAUUGCACAGAUGGGGCAGGAAAAAGAAACAACCCAAGGAAAUGGAAAUGGGUGCACAGCUGGAAUGAAAAUGAAGGUCGCAGGCUUUGGAGCCGUGGGUCUACGCAUGGCAGGAGACAUUUGUCAGCUACCAAUCUUUUGCUACAAAUGAAAUCCAGAGGGAAUCCGGCAAGUUUCUCCACAAUACAAGAGCUUUAGCAGGGUGCAUGGAACUCUACCAAGAGCUGAGAGAAGACCCUUUUCCAUUUUGACAGCUGAGCCAUUACAGGAUUCUUUCGGAGUAUGAGCCUCAAGAGUCUUCCUCCAGCAAGGCCCAGGGGUGGCCUCAUGCACUGAUAGUAGACCCUUCCUUUUGAAGAGCCAAUGCACAGAGCCAAGCCGCUGUAUGUAAGGGACGGGAAACAGAAACAGACAUGAUUUUUUUCUUUUCUUUUUUAAAGGAAAACGUGCGUCAUUUUUGCUCGGAGGAGCAAUGCAACAGCGGCCUCAUUCUGUGGUUACUCCAUGAGCACAGCUGUGGAAUGAUUCAGAGCUGCUUCUCGAAGCCUGUGCGGCUUGUUGACAAAGCGGCAUUGUAGCCUGAGAACCACAGAGAUCCUAUUGAAAGAAAAGAGUGCCUACGGGACGGGGGUGGCAUUUUCUUUCUAAAGCAAGAGUCAGAAAGGGAGGCAGAAUGAGUCAAUUGGCUCCUGAUCCCCAGGCAUUCCGGGUUUCCUGUUAUUAACGGAGACUGGCACGGCAGCUUGAGAUAUCUGUAAAAUGCAGGUGGGGCUCUCCCUCCCUAAACAUGAAUGGAGGGCUAAGCCUUCCUACCGCUCACAUUCUUGAAUUGGAAUGGCAGUAAGAAACAACCUGAACAGAGGCGCAAAAAGGGCCUCAAAGGUUGCAGAAUAUAUUGGCAGUUAUUACAAUAACAUUAAAUUAUGUACUUUUUUUCCCUU